GCUAUUAUUCACACCAUGCAAGUCGACCCUUCGAAGCUAUCAGACGAAGACCGGGCUUUUUUUGAAAAGUACGGACGACUUCCACCUGCAAAGAAGGCUGGGCUCCAACAAAAACUAAUGGGAGGAGACCGAAAGUAUUUUGAUUCAGGAGACUAUGCCAUGUCACAGGCUGGUAAAUCCUCUCCCAACGAAGUAGGAUCUCAGCAUCCAUCACCCGAGCGUAUUCCUCAUUCGAUACCUCAAAGUUUCAAAAAGAAUGACGUUACCAACAGUCCCGCCAAGGAGUCUGGACUGACCCACGAAGCAUCCAAGAACACCAUGGAGAACUAAGGCUGGAAUGGAUUAGUAGUGAUGGACAAUUGGUCUGUGUCAAGUUUAGCAAUCUUGGACUGUUUCAGACUUUUUGAUAUAUAUUUUCGGUUCUAUUUCAAUGAGUUUCAAUUGUGUAAUGAUUUCAAUCCGUUUGGGAUCUAAAAAAUGGUUAAAUAAAGUCUGUUUCAAAGGCUGCCGAUGCACUGGACAGUGCACGUGGGCAGACGGCAACCUG